ACAACUGCAGCGCGCUCUACAUAUUCCGACUAUGAAUUCCUAGUCGAGAUUUCAGGCCAUUGAUCAUCGUUUUGCCACUGUAAUACAAGGAUUCUUCUCGUUGAUAGGUGGCCUCGUUAUCUCAUUCUACUAUGGAUGGAAUGUUGCUCUCUGUAGCGUGAUGACUGGCCUAAUGCUAGCAAUCGCUCAAACUUCCCUCGAAAAGUAUCUCAAAAUCAAAGGAUAUGAGGAUAUUGACUCAACCGCAAGAGCUGACAGAAUUAUCAACGAAUCGAUCUCAAACACAAGAACAAUCCAGGCAUUAUGCAAAGAGGAUUAUAUGUUCAGAACAUAUUGUGCCGCCUUGAAAGAAGCUCAUAAAAGAGCUUUGACUAGGGGUCUUUGGCAAUCACUUAACUUUGGUAUGGCAAACAGUUUCUUCACUGUGAAUUUCGCUAUAUCUUAUACCUAUGGACUGUGGUUAAUCACGAGUGGAUGGAGUACUCCUUUCCAAGUCUUUGAGUAA